AAUCCAUCCCAACCUUCCACAUCAGAGCUUUUAGAACUACAUGUUUUUUAUGUUCCGGAAGAAGUGUGGAACUUCAAGCUGAAUACAAUCCCAGUGGAUAUUACUAGCAAAUUCUAUUCUGCUGGAUUUAUAAGGGUGUCCCCUCAUAUGACCUUGAGAACACUGAGAGAGCAGCUUCAAGAGCACCUAGACGAAGAUGCAGUUGUGAAUAAGUAUACUUUUCUGAAAUGUAUAGGAAAAAAGCUUGCAGUGGUAAAAGCCAAGCAAGAGAUGGAACUGAAGCUUAGAUCAUUUGCUCCUCCAUAUGCAUUUCAUCCAGAGCUUUAUUUGUUACCUGGAGUAAAAAGUAUUUAUUCGUCUUCAUCAUCGACUCCAGAGAGACCUCCCAAUAAUGCAAAAUGUAUGUUAGCAUAUACAUCUCAUCAUAAACCACAUAUUUCAGCUGCUCCAGAUAAUGAAGUGGAUCAAAAUCCAGCAGUUUUGGAGAACUCCUUGAAAAAUCAUUUCAAUCAGGAAAAAGAUGCAAAUACAGAAAAUGAAGACAAUGCAAAAGGAAGACGUACCACAGGAGAUUCUGGGAUCCCAGAAUCCUUGGAAGAUAGAGAUCUGGAAUGUUUACACAGCAAGAAAAGCCAACGGCAUCCUGAUAUUACAAAGUGUGCUGCUGACGCCGGAGGCCUGCAGGAUAACCAGUCUGAUGAGAAUAACAUAAAUAACUUUACACAUCCAAGCCAGUAUCUUUUACCUCCUACUCCACCUCUGCUGGCUCUGUGCAUAAAUAGACCUCCAGCUCCCAACUGGCUAUUUUCAACAGAGGGUAAUGAGCUAAAUAGACAGUUGCAACGUAUCAAGGCAGAAAGAAGGCAUCUGGAGAAGACAAGAGAGGAGCUGGUUAAAAAAGUGAAAGGCUUACUGGAGCAGAACAGAUUUAGGAGAUAUCAUGCUCGUGAUAUAUGGAAGAAAAAAUAUUUUGAAACUAAGAAAGUCACAGCUUCCUUGGAGGAAGAUUUAAACAAACUGCGGGAAAAUUUGGAGCUUCACUACCAGAAAGUAUUGAUGAGGCUACAAGCUAGGCAUGUCCGGAAAAGAGGGAAUGCUUUAACAAAGAAUAAUACAGUUAUCCAGAUUACAACUCUGCAGCAUGAUAUUGAGCAGCUAAGAAGAAAGCGAGACAAUGCCAAAAUGAAACUCGUUAUUGAAAUUAAGAUGAGAAAGCAGGCCACGUCUGAUUUGCAAGCAUUGAAAGCAGAACUGGCACACAAGAAGGUUCAGUCUUCAUUGAAACUCCUGUCUGAAAAACCAGUGCCCUAG